CGUGCCCAUGCAAGGCCCCAAAAGGCCCGAGGAAAUCAACCCAGCUGAUCGACGUGUUUAGGAGCCCCAUUCUGUCAGUGAACUAUCCACUCGCUACUCCGUUCUCCGAACCCCCGAUGCUAUAUAAUCAAUCUGAACGCCCACCCCCUCUCCCCGACUUAAUCAUCUUGGUCCUUUCUUGCCUUCUACUUCUACACCUAUAUACCUUUCAUACACCUGACAUACUAUUACUCUGUUCGAUCUAGAGAUCCUCAUACCCCACCUCGCCAAACCGAACUGAUACUAUACACUCUUGCUUUACCACUACGGCUACUGCCUAUUCACCAUGCAUCGUUCCUCAAGUCACAGUAAUAGCAGCGCUUUCAGUCCCAACGCCAACCCAAAUGAGGACUGGACCAAGAUCUCCGAUCUUGCAGAGCGUCGGCGCAUUCAAAAUCGUAUUGCGCAACGAAACUAUCGCAAGAAGCUGAAGCGACGAUUGGAAGAUCUUGAGCGCCGUGCAGCAUCUUCCGCUUCUCCAGAAGCCUCACACGCCGAGCUAGCGGCUCCUCCCAAGCCUACGCCUAACAAGUCUCGCUCCAAACAAUCACGAGCCGGCAAAGCCACCGACAAGGCGCACACAGUACACACAUCAGCACCCGAGCGCCCAGCCUCGUACGAAUAUUACAACAGUACACAAGAUGAGCGCGGUAUGUUUGGACAACAAUGUACUCGUCAACUAUCCGCCUCGCCGCCCCCAGUCUUCUCAUACCCACCACUACCGAGCUACGACGCCUACCGACCCAGCUACGGGCAAAUGCCAAUCUACCACACCGUCCCAAGCUCCUAUAAUGACAUCUCAUUCGCCGACUACGGCGAACCAGUUCCCAGCGUGGUGCCGAUGGCGGGCGCCCCAGGAAUAGGCCGCAAGCCAUACGACGAGGACAUGAUGAGUCCGUUCAGCAUGAGCUACGCAUCGAUGGCAGGCAUCGACUUAGUGCCACAGCAGCACGCAGAACCAAGCCUUCCGGUGCCCUCGCUUUCUUACGGCUAUAUACAUGGUUCUGCUCAGAUCCAUGAACAUGAUCAUCGAGCGGCUUCGACUUCGACGGCUUCGCCUGAAGCCUCGAUCUUUACGUUUCCCCUGACCCCCGAGUCACCCCCAUGCUCGCCGCGCUCAAUGCCGGGCUUGUUCGAGUAUGACCUGAGACAAUGAUGAAUUCGAAAAUCGAAAAUCACUGGCUCAGAGUUAGGAUCGGAUCAAUGCGCCUCUCGCCCCGCUUCUAAAUUACUAUUUUACCGUCUGGGUGAAGGGAGAGACAGGGUCGCGUACAACCGGCAGGCCCUGCGGGUAGGUCCACCCUGAUGGACCCCCGCGCUUCCCGCCCCGUUUCUACUCGUUAGGCACCUGAUUCAGGGCUGUCGAUUAGGGAACUCAAAGAGAAAUGGGAACCACCUUAUGACUCUCUAUUCUUCGCUCCGUUCACUUGGUCCGAAUCAUCUCCACUUUGUUCGGUUUUUUUCCCUUAUUUCGUUUACUUUCCUCACUGUUAUUUUUUCUAUACUUUGUUUCUUUAUGACCCUGCCUUACGGGGACGUGUGUGACGAGCGAGCAUCAUCUUGGCGUUUACGAGGUCUCUCCAGACUUCUCUGGUAUUUGUCAAUUUUUUCUUGGACCGGGCCGUGUAUGGUAUACGGAUAUACUACGAGCUCUGGUGUUUUUACCGUGGGGAAAAGGCACGCCGGGAUUUGUUUUCUUUUUUUUUUUCUUUUUUUUUUCUUUUUGGGAGCGGAAGAUCAUUACGACUGAUAACGGAACUAGAAUACAGGAGCAAAUGCCACUAUUUCGCCUUCUUGUUUAAUUACCACCUUCUACAUUCAAAUACUACUAUCUGAAAAAGUACUACUGCAGAG